GCAUACACAAUGUCUGGUGAAACUGGCUCUAGUGACAGCGAUCUCUGCUCUGUGGAUUUUGAGAUUUUUGGCUAUGUCCAGGGUGUCUGCUUUCGAAUGUACUCAGAGAGGAAGGGUCUCAGUCUUGGUGUGGUUGGCUGGGUGAAGAACACAAACAAAGGGACAGUGGUGGGACAGGUACAGGGACCACGUCAUUUGGUCAAUGAAAUGAAGAUAUGGCUGAGUAAAGUAGGUAGCCCCGGCAGCCGCAUCGCUCGGGCUGUGUUCAAAAAUGAGAAGAACAUCCCCAAGCUGGAAAUAUCUGGCUUCUCUACCCGAUUCUGAUGUACAAACCAAACCACCAUUUCUGUUACUAGCAUGCAUCACUCUGUAAAGCCAUUAGUAUUAAUUUCACAAUAUAUGAUCAGCCACUAUAUUAUGAUAUUCAAGAAAUCAAUCUGUUAAGAAAACACAUUUUUAAAUUGCU